AUGAUUCGCAAUGAGAAAACCCGAAUGUACUUCUACGUCAGGCUCACUAGAAUCAGUGUUAGUGACCAGUUGCUGCCGGUUCUGCGGGCAAUAUUUGAAUUGCAGGAAGAUAGCAACGGAGGGGUGUUGAUCGACUCAGGGACUCACGUCACUCGGUUGGCCAUAGCGGUGUUUGAACUGUUCCAUGACUCGUUUGUUCAGAAAGCUGAGAAUCUGUCAACGCCGACGACAGAAGUGUCAUCAUUUCUGUAUACUUGCUAUUAUCUCUCCGGGAUGGAUACAGUUAGCGUACCGACUGUGUCAUUCCACUUCGCUGGAGAUAAAAUAGUGAACUUGCUUCCAUUGAAUUACAUGCUGCAAUAUAAAACUGGACUAUAUUGUGUGGGGGUUCGUUUUCGUAACAUAAUAAAAUACAUAUAA